AUGGCCACCACCAACACCACCGAGGAUAUGGAGAAAAAGUUGCAGGCCGAGCCGGUUGUGUCGCCGGUUGACGAGCCCGAGAAGACUUCCAAGCCGACCGGGAUCUUUGCGACAAUCCGCUAUUAUGAGGAAUAUCUGGAUCGCAAGAUGGGAAUCGAGUCGCAUAGUCUGGAUCGUGUGCAUCCCGAGAAUCGUAACUCGCCUAGCGCCGUGGUUAUGGGAUUGAUGUGGGCGUCGGCGACGAUGAAUAUUAGCUGUUUCAGUACCGGGUUUCUGGGUAAUCAAUUUGGGUUGUCGCUGGGCCAGACGAUUCCUAUCGUGAUCUUUGCGACGCUGUUGGGUGCUGCUGUGACUGGUUGGUGUGCUACUAUGGGCCCUGGUACUGGUCUGCGCCAGGUCGCCAUUUCCAGAUACUCGCUGGGCUUCUAUCCGUCCUCCAUCAUCGCGCUGCUGAACGUGAUCGAACAACUAGGCUGGGCCUCGGUCAAUUGCAUCACUGGCGGUCUAGCCCUCAGCGCUGUAUCAGAUGGGCGUGUCUCCAUCGCAGUCGGCGUCGUUAUCAUUGCUUGCGUUAGUCUACUAUUCAGCUUCAUCGGACUGCGCGGUGUCUUGCUGUAUGAGAAGUACGCAUGGAUCAUGUUCUUCAUUAUCUUCAUGAUCAUCUACGGCGAGGCAGCUCAUCGCGCGAACCUCGCCGCACCGCCUACCGUCACUGGUAUGACGGCGUCUGGCAAUGUCCUGAGUCUGAUCAGUGUGGUCUACGGAUCUAGUGCGUCGUGGAGUUCGAUUGUCUCUGACUUCUAUGUGCACUACCCCGUGGACACGCCCAAGAUCAAGAUCUUCUUGUAUACGACUUUUGGUAUCACGAUUCCCACGUGCAUUGGCAUGUUACUGGGUGCUUGUAUCAGCUCUGCGCUCGGUACAAACCCCGAGUGGGCGGCUGCGUAUGAGAACGGCAUUGGUGAGAUCCUGAAGGAGAUCAUCUACCCCAGCGGAUUCGCCAAGUUCCUAUUGGUGCUCUUGGUCCUAUCUGGCAUUGGCGUAAACUGCAUUGCCAUCUACUCCGGUGCGCUCUCCGCGCAACUCUUCGCCGCACCAUUCGCCAAGGUCCCUCGCGUGAUCUGGUCUAUCCUCGUAUUCGGCGGUAUUCUCGCCCUCGGCAUCGCCGGCCGCGACCACUUGCUCGACGUGCUGGAGAAUUUCCUCUCACUGCUUGGAUACUGGAACACCUCCUUCUUUGCCAUUCUUUUCAUCGAGCACUACUACUUCCGGGAAGGUAGCUUGGCAAACUACGACCUCGACGCCUGGAACACCCCCUCCAAGAUGCCCGUUGGCUAUGCUGGUUUAACGGCAUUCCUCUGUGGCGCCGCCGGGUGGAUCGUCGGCAUGGUCGAGACGUACUAUGUCGGCGCACUCGCGGCCAAGAUUGGAGCCGAUGGCGGCGAUAUUGCCAAUGAGCUAGCCCUUGUCUUUACAACAGUCUCAUAUCUGCCCCUGCGCACGCUGGAACUCAAGUACGUGGGGCGCUGA